AUGACCUGUGUAGCGGCUACGGCGCGUUCGGGGAUCGAUGAGUCCAAUGCAAAUCUGUCCCUUGUCCCAGUAUCCACAGCGAUGGUCUCAGCAUCUCCUAUCACUAAUCCGUCGAAUUCGAUCCCUAUCCCGACUGCACGCCAUCGUCCACCAAUGAUAGUAUCUCCCACCACUCCUUCGAUCUCGGCCAGUGACGGUCCUGGUCCCCAUCAGUGUCCACGUGCCUUUUUUUGUCACCUCUUCAUGUAUAUUAAGGCCGCGAAAUAUUCUGCGUUUUUGGACCACUUUGAGCAUGCAGCCAAAGAUGCUAGUACACUGUGUCCACUUUCGAGUUGGCCGAUCGCGGGAUUAGAUGACGAUAUGGCGUCGGGUCAGUUUGAUUUCCACUAUUUUGGCGGAGCCCGUGGCACCAAGUAUGCCAGUCUGCCGAAGGCAAAGGCCAAAACAGGAAAUCAUAGUAUUGUGUCGAUUGACUGCGGACCCAACUUACAGGUUGGGAAACAGUGUAAAAAUAUAACUCAUUUUCAACACCCAGGUCCCGCAAGCGCAGUGGCAAGGGAUAGAUCGAGAAUAGGACAUAUGAGCGUCAUGGCAGAGCAGACAGCUCCUCCUCGACAGGAGAUUGUCAAGAGAUCGCCAGGGGACCUAUAUAAUUAG